UAGAAGAUUAAUCAUCUGUCAGCAAACAAAACUUUAAUAAAAGGAAUGUAAAAAAAUGAAAAAAUGAAUAUAAAAUACGCACUUGUACUUCUCUUUGUGUUUGUGAAUGUACAGGUUUAUUGUUUCAGUGUAUCAAGCAAAAGUAAUCUACCCUUACUAUCUAUAGAUCCAAAAGCAAGAACGUUAAUGAACCAAACAGACAAUACGACGCGAAGGUACCUUCCGUUUAUAAUGCUGAUCGAGCGUGAACAAGAUACGAGUGAAUAUUGGCGGGAAACGGAAAUCUUGACACUUGUCCGCCAUGAUGAGGAAGGCAUAGACUAUGAGAAGUGCGAGCAAAACGCGCCAGAAGACAGCGCUUUGCGUCUGCCAGCGAGGAGGACAGUCAGACCGAUCUGCAGAACUGCUUAUGAUUUUCAACUUUGUCCGCAAUGCCCACGGUUCAGUAAUCGCACGGAAUGCGAGCUUUUUAAGGAUUCUUGCAGAGAGCGGCCAGUAAUCCCGAGUGAAUACCGCACGUACUGUGAUCAGAAGUACGGCAAGUGGCGUACAAUGUUCCUCCCUGCUGACUACUCGCAGUGCAGAUGCUGUGACGAGUGCAUAUUUUAUAGAGAAUUAGACCAAUCAUGCAUGGAAGAUGAAUACAGUUUCGACACUGAAGAAUUUUUACCAGUCACUACUGUGGAUUUCAGAGCCGGCUGUAAUCCUUAUUGGGGUCAUCCUGAACAAGAAGUGAAAGCGUUACGAUGCGAUCCCGUUUUACGCAGAUGUGUACCAGUUACUAUUCCAAUGCUUCCAAGAGAUACCUUAAACGUACGUCGUAGUUUCCGUUACGAGCCACCGACUGGUGAGGAGUGUCCAGUAUCUUGUCGUGGUUACGACUGCCAAUCCCUAGUCCACGAGGACCAGUGCCCGCAGGGUGCCUUCUUGCCGGACAAGGAUUACUGCAACUGCUGUGGACGAUGCAGCAGUUUCUUCCAAUUGAAUCAAAAAUGUGCCGAAUUCAAGAAGACAUUACACAAAGUCAACGCAACCGAGGAAAUUGAGAUAGAAGAAGAGUUCCUGGAGCCAGGCUGUGAUGAUGGACUGGUGUGUCGUCAAGGCAUUUGUCAGGAUACGCACUCCCUCAUGUCGCGGAGUCUCCAGCGUCUGAAGAGAGAGCAGCUGCCGUUCGGUGCUUUAGAGCCGUGUAAACAAGAGAUGAAAUACUUUAAAAAGAAGUAUGGUGUGAAUGGUCAUCUACACCACGAGGCCCCGCAGUGCACACCUCUUUGGUUGUAUGCACCAGUACAGUGUCGUCGAUUUGUCUGCUACUGCGCUUUAGAAGAUGGAAGCAGAAUUGAUGGGAUAAAAGUUCCAAGAGUAGAAGUAUCUAAUAUGAACUGCGAUUGCGCCCGUGAAAAGUGUCGUACGGAGUCUGACGUGCAAUGCGAUGGCUACGGCAACUACAAGGAGGCCGUUUUUAUGCCUCACGUGGAGCAGUGGCCUGAUCCGGAGGAGGUCUACGAAUCUGAUAUUAGCGAAAUGAAAGCGUCCACAAAAAAUGAACUCAAAUAGGACCUGCCAUUAGUGAAUACCGUCUGAACAAUAUUUUUUACAGUAACUAGGCAAUAGAUAUAUGUAUUUUUUUAUUAUUACCCUGGUAAAUUAAAAAAUG